UGCAGAUCAAAAUAUUUCUUGUAAAAAUUAUAAAAGGUCUAUUAAUCCAGUAUUAAAAGUAAUAGCCCAAAAUGCUGUCUUCAAUGGUAAAAGAGCAUCAAGCUAAGCAGCAAGUAAAAAAAGAAAUACAAGAAACUAAAAGAAAAGAGGCCUGUGGGGCAGCUAGUGACCUAACGCAAGCCCUCGUGGAUCAUUUAAACGUCGGUGUAGCUCAGGCUUAUUUAAACCAAAAAAAACUCGACGCCGAAGCCAAGCAGCUGCACGCAAGCGCCACAAAUUUUUCCAAACAAACCCAACAGUGGUUGAAUUUGGUGGAGAAUUUUAGCAGCGCUUUAAAAGAAAUCGGGGAUGUGGAAAAUUGGGCUAAAACUAUCGAAGGGGAUGUAAGGACUAUUACGACAGCUUUGGAAAUUGUUUAUAAGACGUCGCAAGAGUCGUCACAGAAUAGUUUAAAUAAUUAAUUAAGUUUAAAUUUUGUUGCUAUUUAUUAUUUUUAUUAUACCUACAAUUUUAAAUUUACAAAUGUUUAUUAGAUUUACCUACUAUCCUAAAUGUUCUAAAACUGUCUUAAAAUUAAAUAUCUAAAAACUGUCUAAAAGUAAGUUUAGUUUUUAGGCUAUAAAAAAUAUGGACAGAAAAUUGUAACUUAUGUUUGGCAUUAUAUAGGGUGUCCCAAAUUUAGCGGUAAAGGUAAUUCCUUUUGAAAUUUCCUUUAAACACGCACAUGCGUCAAAAUAGAAGUGUAGAAAAUAAAUAUAAUAUAUCUCACAAAAU